GACGAACCUCUCCUCGGCUCCACCCCCCUCGCAUCAAUCACCGCCCACCUACUUCCAUCCAAUCCAGGAGAACGGAGGGGGAGCGCAGUGACAAGAGAGCCGGGGUGAGAGGUGAAAGUUCAUUCUCCCGGCCGGCAGCCAUUUCUCCGCUUUCCGUACGAUUGCCGGCGUGAGGGAGGCGGAGGCAGGAGCGGCGGCGGCUUGCUUCACGUCGGGGCUGGAGAAUCGGAGGCUGAAGGCCCACGGCGCUCUUCGGUGGUCACGAUGAGUUUACCCCUCAACCCCAAGCCAUUCCUGAAUGGACUGACAGGGAAGCCAGUGAUGGUGAAGCUUAAGUGGGGAAUGGAGUACAAAGGUUACCUGGUAUCUGUGGAUGGCUACAUGAACAUGCAACUUGCAAAUACAGAAGAAUACAUAGAUGGGGCAUUGUCUGGACACCUUGGCGAAGUUUUAAUAAGGUGCAAUAAUGUCCUUUACAUCAGAGGUGUUGAAGAAGAGGAAGAAGAUGGGGAAAUGAGAGAAUAGCAUCUUUUUGGGGGUGGGGAGGGCUUUUUUUUUUUUUUGUAUAUUUCUAGAAAAUAAAGAUGUGUUUGUUUUUCAGUUUGUAUUGGUCUUUAGAUCCAUAACUUGUUCUCCAUGAACUUUUGUGAGUUUAAGGUAUAUUCAUUUUUUUCAAAUUCAGAACAAAAACUCAAAACUUAGGCAACAGGUAAUUUUAGAGCUAAUGGUAAAAGAAAAACUGCCUUUUCUUAAAGAAGUAUUUAUAUAUUUUUCCAUGUUCAAAGAGGCAAAAAGGAUUGACUUAACCCCCUUUGGGGGAAUUUUUUGUAAAGGUGAAAUAAUAUUUUCAAUUUCAGGAAGAGGUUGUAAUUGUGCAGCUGCUUCUCUGCAAAUUCUGACUUUUGGAAGUGUUUCUUUUGUUCAUAUUUAAAAAUAGAUGCUUAUAAAAUUGCUUAAUUGUAAUAACCAGUCUAACCUAAAGUAUAUACACAUUCUAAUAGUUUGUGACCCAAAGGAGUAGAGUCAGGGCAUAUUCAGAAAACAGGAUGCUCCUGUUUAGACUUCUGUUCUCAAGGCCUUUAGUUUGCUUAGCUGAGGAAAUUAAAUGCAUCCUGAGGCUUGUUUCCUCAGAACCAAACACUUUUAUACACUUUAUAAUGGUUGUAAUCAAUAUAGAAGACCUCAAGUAAGCAAACCACUAGUCUUUUAGAAAAACCCAUGUAGUGGUACAAAUUACUUUCUCUGGUUUUUGUUUUUGUUUUUCUAAAUCCCCAUCCUCUAAUGCAAAUGUGUUAACAAUAAUUAAAAGGUUUUGGAAAGAUUUGGUUGUUGGAAUUUGGAGAUAUAAAUCUGAAUGACAUUCAUUCUUGAAAACAAAAAUUCUGUUCUAAAAGAAAACUUGAAAGUUAGCAAAAAAUAAAUAAUUUCUAGGCUUUUACCUGAAAAUUAA